AUGCUUGCCAGGGCUGAGGCAGCUGAGCGCCGAGCCGAUAGGGCCGACCGCCGCCCGGCCCCGCCAGGCACCAAACAGAGGGGGCAACAGACGGGCUCCGUGACGGCACCCGAGCACUUGGAGGGCAUCUUUCUGGUUGUGGGACAGGACUACGUCCCAGAAAUGGUGCACAUCCGCUUACCCACUGCUGUUCCGGUCCAUGUGGCAAUCAAUGCGGUAAACGCGGGGCGCAUCCCUGAUGCCCGCCUGCGUCUGCCACGCGUGACGGCCGUCAACCCUCAACCCGUGCUGGGCAUCGGCAUUCUGCUUGCUACCCCUUUGUGGGACCUCCCAGGAGCGGCCCUGAUCGACAAGAGCAGCAGCGAGCUGAGCCUGGUUCUGCAGGGGGAUGUGGCUGGACAGAUCCACCUGCUGACGCUGGAGGAGUGCCUGCGCCGCAUCCAGGAGAGACACCUGGCCGACCUUGCCACCGAGGAGGAGCUUCUGGAUGAAGACCCUGAGGUCUAUUGGUGCCUGCAGGUCUUUUUUGGCUUGCGCAGCGAGGUCUUCUGGCGUCGCGGGCGAUGCAGCGCCGUGCGCUUGUCCUCGUGGUCCUUCCAGACCCUUUGCAGGAGCUACAUCUCUCCCGAGCAGCGGUCGAAGGGCAUCGAGGAGCAUCGGAAGCUGUCGGACUCCUUCGGAGGUGCGAUUCUCUCCGACGCGCCGGGUGGGACGACAAGCAUCUCGGGCAAGGCUUCCGUGAUGCUUCCCUCCGGCUUCGACAGACAGGUCUCAGAGGAGCUGGGGCUUGGCGAUCUUUGCCACAAAGUCUCGUCAAGGAGACAUGCAGGCUCGGAUAUGCCCGGCGCCCUGCCUUCGCCGCGGCAGAGUCUGGACGGGGACAGCAGAGGUAGCUUCCGUCUUGAGCGACUAAGCGGUCGUCGCACAACGCUGGUGAACUUGGACGACAUUCCCGAGGCGAUGGCACACUUGCAAGAUGCGGCAAGCGAUGUGUCCUCUCCCUCCGGACGAGGCGAUGAGGGGCAGGAUGAAGUUGUACCGGAAGUGUCCUUCGUCCACCUCUGUGUGCAGGCUCCGGCGGCUCCCCGAUGCCUUGCCCGGCCACCUCGGUACCGGAGACUGGAAGGCGAUGGCUCUGAGGCUACAGAUGACGCGCCUCCCACUGCGAAGGCCUCUGCGAAACCCCAGGGCCGGCCCAAGCCGAAGACGCAGCCGAAGCGCAGCGGAUCGCCAAAUCGCAGGGUCAUCGCCAAGGAAGCAGAGCUUGGAAACCUUACACGGAGGCCCUCGAACCGAGCCAGUCUUUCGCCACCCCGACGAGUCACCGUGCCGCUGGUGGUGGCCACGAAGCCCUCCAAGUGCAAGCCAUCCUUCGGCGAAGGCUACGCUGCCGGGCGUCGCUCUGCGAGCUUUGGUCGCUCCCCGAGCUCUGCGCACAAGUCGCCGAGAAAGGAGUCGAGCUCGAAGGGCGCGCAAAGACCAUCGCGCUACCGAGGUACGGCCCCUGAGCCCGGCGGCGAGGAAGCGAGGCUCCUCUCGGAGAUUGCCUCGCUCAAUGUCUUGCUCGAAGAGUUGCAGCAGCGGUUCCACAGUGUUUUCCAGAGCCCCGAGCUGACGUCAUUGAUUGCUGCCGCCAGUCUGAAGAGUGGCCAUGGCGCAGGGCCCUCCCUGCAGCUCCCUGCCGGCGCCCUCGACGGAGGUGCAAAGCAGUGGGAGGUUGAAGGGAAGAAGUGCGGCUUCGAUACCUGGAGGGAAUUUCUGCCACGUCUACAAGCCACAGAACGCGAAGAGCAACAUGAGGACUUGGACGAUGCCCAGAGGGUGACCAUCCUCUGUAACAUCGUGCCGGACAUCGCCGAGCAUCGAGUCGUGCGCUACGGCAUACGGCACCUAAGGGAGGAGCUGGCGCCCGAGGGAUCGGAGCUACCGGCGCUCCCACGUCGGCCGAACGGCACGUCGCGGCUACUCCAGCGCUCUUUCUUUGAGCGGCUCUUAUCGGAGCAGAUUGAGCUGCAAAGCAGCCUGCCUUCCGAUGUGGCCGCGGCACAACCCGACCUGAAGCUGUUGGGCUUGGAGCAUUUGCUGACCAUCCGGGACGGCUGCUCCGAUUUCAACACCGACUCCAAGAGCUACGAGGUGCACCAGGCCUUUCUUGAGCAGCUGGAGCGGCGCCUGCAGGAGCUGCUGGCCGAGAGGCACCUCGAUCCCCAAGAGGUGAUGGCAGUGUCCAAACUGAAAUUACCAAUCGGGAGGAUGACUGUGCUUGCCAAGGGCGUGGCGGCAUUGCUGACUGGGCAGGCACAAGACGUUGCUCGACGCUACGCCACUGCACCUGGUAUGAACAUCCUCGUCCUCAUCACCGUCACUGCCAUCGCCAUCACGAAGAAUCACUGCUGCCAGCAACAUCCCCAUUUCGUCAACAUCCUUAAUUCAGUCAGCAACCGCGCGUGA